AUGAAAGUAGAGAAUUGCCAACACUUCAGCCAUAAGCACAUCUUGAUCCCUCUGAAACUUGAUGAAGGAGAGAAAAUCUAUUGCAAAGCCUGUGAACUACUCAUAAUUGAACCAUUUCUUGGUUGUCUUUCUUGUACCUAUUACCUCCAUGAUCACUGUCUUAAUACUCCUCGGUCUCUACAGCAUCCAUCUCACCCUGAUCACCCCUUGACCCUUCUUCCAAUUCCAACCUAUCCCACUGGAGCCUUCUCCUGCAAUGGCUGUGGAUCACACGGAACUGGCUUCAGCUAUAGUUGUGCCCACUGCGAAUUCGACCUUCACAUGAACUGCGCAUUAUUUUUGUCAGCCACAACAAAGAUAGUUGAGCAUCCUCAUGCACUGAAAUUAAUCUUUAAUCAUCCUCAGAUCUUCGCUUGUAAUAUAUGUGGUGCAGCAGUUGACAAACAAUUUUGGAGCUAUUACUGCAGUGAUUGUGACUUUGGAAUCCAUUUGGGCUGUACCAAACAUGGUCAACAGCAUUUCUGUGGGGCAUCUAGUAGUAGAUCAAAUAAUCAAUCUGCCAUGACUCAGCCAUCGGGUGCAGUCGAUGCAGUGGAUCGUCACAGGGAAGUCAUGAAUGAGACGACGGAAAAUCAGCUUGCCUUGUUGACUUUACAGAAUCAGAUACACUACUCACAAGCAGUAGCGGAUCACGCGAGAUGGGAAUGUCCUCGUCACUGA